AAGUGAAAGGGGAAGAUAGAGCUGUGGGCAGAGGGUAGUUAGCAGGCUGCUCGGCGAUCAAGCUUUCAAGCAAAGUGCCAAAUUUCCACCGCAGUUGCUGAUAAAGAGCCUCGCCAACUCAGGACACGUUUUUUGUGAGUGCUUUUGAAAAGGACAAGUCGUUUUUGUACGCUUUUGAAACUAGACAUUGCCAAAUCAGCGCCACUAGCCAGCGUAACGCCGAGUUAGCCGCUGACGCUAGCUGUCCUGAACAAUAACAGCUAGUUAGCCCGCAGCCGGUCCGACACGAUCAAGAAGUCUCCUCUCCGCUGUGCUACGAGAUUAAACUGAAAAAAAAUGACAUCCAGGAAGAAAGUGCUCUUGAAAGUCAUCAUCCUUGGAGAUUCUGGUGUGGGGAAGACCUCCCUCAUGAACCAGUAUGUGAACAAGAAGUUUAGCAACCAGUACAAAGCGACAAUAGGAGCAGACUUCCUCACCAAGGAGGUGAUGGUGGAUGACCGACUUGUUACAAUGCAGAUCUGGGACACAGCUGGCCAGGAGAGGUUCCAGUCUUUGGGCGUGGCGUUCUACCGCGGAGCAGAUUGCUGUGUGUUGGUGUUUGAUGUGACUGCACCAAACACUUUCAAGACACUUGACAGCUGGAGGGAUGAAUUCCUGAUCCAGGCCAGCCCCCGAGACCCGGAGAACUUCCCCUUUGUGGUGCUAGGCAACAAGAUCGACCUGGAGAACAGACAGGUGACCACCAAAAGGGCUCAGGCUUGGUGUCAUAGCAAGAACAACAUCCCCUACUUUGAGACCAGCGCCAAAGAAGCAAUCAAUGUAGAACAGGCAUUCCAGACAAUUGCACGUAACGCUCUCAAACAGGAGACAGAGGUGGAGUUGUAUAAUGAAUUUCCAGAGCCCAUUAAGCUGGACAGGAACGACAGAGCCAAACCUUCUGCAGAAAGCUGCAGCUGCUAAGGGACAACUUGGACCGUCUUCUCUCUUGGCUUUCUGAAACACCCUGUCACGAGUCCCGUCACAUCACCCUCACACACCCGGGGAACGGACUUCCCUUCUGGUCUUCCUCCUUCAAGCCACUGUUCAUUCCUUUCAGCGAGACCGGCCCCUCACGCAGCACGCUGCACACGGAUGUAUCCCACCCCCACUUACUACACAAAAUAAUACACUUGUGCGCUCUCAAACUACGCUGACAAAUCGCUUGUUCCCCCUCCAAAGAUCACAUGAGAAAAGAAUGACGGCCCUUCUGCCCUGAUGUGCUAAUGAGUGAUCUGUCCUCGUCACCUAUUUGUCCAACUGUGGCCCUCCGACUCUCACACUUAAGAGGCACAAUAGAGCCGUGUUCAGAGCGCAGAAGUGUUGCUCUGUAAUCUGAGAUGAUAGCUAAUGUCAGCAUCCCAAGUAUCCUAUCCUUUGUUUUUGUUUUGUUUUUUUUUUUUGCUUUCUUUUGCCUGUCAAAAUAAUCUAGUUCAACUAUAAAAAUCUAUAUGAAUAUAUAAUUUUAGAAUAAUUUGGCUGAUAUCUCACACGCCAAACAGAAACACAUACUUGUUUUGCACUUUUACUUUGUUUUUGCCUUCAAAUGUUAUAGUUUGGUUUAGUUGUUCAUUCAUUGUAAAAAUAAAUCAGUUCAAUAAUACUUAACAAUUUCCCAUCUGCUUGAGUGAAAGGGAACAGAAAGAAGGAUAAACCUAUCUGCUCUGCCCCUUUAUAUCGUAUAAUCAGAUUAUUCGAACAUUGAAAACAAACAAUUAGAGGGAUGACUGAUUUUUUGGGCACAGUCUGCUGCCACACACUCUUUGGCAAACUUCAAAUUAUAUCUCCUCACUUGUUUUUCCUGUCAGAUAUCUGAGUCUUUCAAACACUUUGGUGAUUGUAUUGCCUUUUCCCUUCAAGAUUGUGCAUUAAUGGGUUUAUAACCGCCUCACACUGCAAGUGUUGUAAAGUAGACAUGUAAAAACCGAUAAAGCAGUUACAGUGUAAAAUGUGGAUUAAUCCCUUGAUAUAUUAAUAUUUGCUUUUUUUUUAAUGUAACAUUACUUGUACUGCUACUACUCCUGCUGUAUGUGUUACAUCCCUCAUCAGACAUCUUUCAGUGCUACAGAAUCACAACAUGCAUCACCAACACAGCACACACAUACACACCUUUCUGUCUUCAGACACAUCUUUGUUAUUGCUGUUCUCGCUAUCUGCUUGUAGCUCAGGUUGGCUAAGUACUUAAUAUUUUUAACAGAAUUUGCAUCAUGGUGUAUAGAUGGUAAAGGUAAGAAGGACUUAACUGAAAUGGAUGUUCACUCUUUCCAUUUAAAGAAUCUUGAACUAUUUCCCUGGUAUUACUCCUACUCCUUACAAAAAAAAAAAUUACUGCAAUGCCAACAAUGUUAAAGAAAAUUCAGACGUCAAAUAAAACUCUUGAAUAUA